AUGGACAUGUACAAGCCAUUUACUCAUGAAGAUGGAAAUGAGAAACAAUUUGGGAAAGAGAUUCGAGAUUGUGAUUUCAUGUAUGAUCCAAAAAUGACUUUUUUAAAUCAUGGAGCGUUUGGUGGAGUUCCUCGACCUCUCUUUGCUAGACGGCUGCAAGUUUUAGAACGAAUAGAAUCGAAUCCUGAUGAAUUUUUCGAAUAUUUAGUUCUUCAGACAUGGCAAACAGCGGUAGCCAAAGUAGCCGGUUUUGUAGGAUCAUCACCAAGUAAUCUAACUUUCAUACCUAAUGCAACAAGCAACGGCACUAUUGCCUUACAAUCCUUAAACCUACAACAAUCUGAUGGAAUUUUAAUUACUAACUUAACCCAUGAAUCAUUAAGAUUUUCUGCUGCUCAUUUUGCCAAAUUGACAGGAGCGAAACUUUAUUGCAUUAAUUUUACAUUCCCACUGAUAAGCAAGCAGGACAUUAUUGAUAAAUAUCAGGAAAUGUUAAACGAUACGCCAGCUAUUAAAGUUGCUAUAAUAGAUCAUAUUACAAGCCCCACGGCUGUAAAAAUGCCUAUCGAAGAAUUAAUUAAAUUAUGUAGAACCAGAAACGUAAAGUCUAUCAUCGAUGGAGCCCAUGCACCCGGCCAAGUACCUCUGAACUUGGAUGAUUUACAGCCAGAUUUUUACUCAGGUAAUAUGCAUAAAUGGGGAUUUACACCGCGUGGUUGUGCAAUAUUUUGGGUCCAUCCUGAAUUGCAUGAUCAAGGAUUUCAAUUGGAAUUUUUUAAACAAGCGACUAGAGACUAUUCUCCUUUUAUUAUCGCUGGAGCCGCUGUUGACUAUAUCGAUCAAAUUGGGGGUAUGGCACGAAUAACAGAAUAUAAUAUAAGCCUUCGAGACAAAGCUGUGCAAUAUAUUCUGAAAGAGAUUAAAGGUACAGAGCUACUGGGCAUACCAGAAGAUUUAAGAUCGCCAUUUCUAACCAUAUUUAAAAUACCGGAAUGCCAAAGCAAAUAUGAAAAGAAUAAAGAGGGUUCCUUGCAUCUACGUAAAGUAUUAUUUGUAGAGCAUAAAGUCGAUGUAUACAUCUUUGCUUUACAGAAUCAACUAUGGUGCCGAUUUACAACUCACAUCUAUAAUCAUUUUAAGGAUAUUAUCAAAAUGGUUGAAGCAAUACAAAAGGAAUGUUCAUAA